UUAAGGCCAAGUAUGUCAGGUCCACACCUUGUGAAAAAAGGGCGAGAACAGAAGAAAGCAGAUGUAGCCCGAGAUUUCACUGUUGCUUCUCCUGCAGAGUUUGUCACUCGCUUUGGUGGAAACAGGAUUAUUGAAAAGGUUCUAAUUGCCAACAAUGGAAUCGCUGCCGUCAAGUGUAUGCGUUCAAUCCGUAGGUGGUCUUAUGAAAUGUUUAGAAAUGAGAGGGCAAUUAGAUUUGUUGUUAUGGUUACACCUGAAGAUCUUAAAGCGAAUGCAGAAUACAUUAAAAUGGCAGACCAUUAUGUGCCAGUUCCUGGGGGACCAAACAACAACAACUACGCCAAUGUGGAACUAAUUGUUGACGUUGCCAAAAGAAUGCCAGUGCAGGGUGUUUGGGCAGGCUGGGGUCAUGCUUCAGAGAACCCUAAACUUCCAGAGCUGCUAGAGAAGAGUGGAAUUGCAUUCCUAGGCCCUCCAAGUAAGGCUAUGUGGGCUCUGGGUGAUAAAGUGGCUUCUUCCAUUGUAGCACAGACUGCAGGGAUUCCAACAUUGCCUUGGUGCGGCAGUGAGCUGGUGGUGCAGUGGGCAGAUGACCACAAGUUCAGGAGAGUUAUUAAUGUUCCUGAUGAACUGUAUGCAAAGGGUUGCGUAAAGGAUGUAGAAGAAGGAUUGCAGGCUGCAAAGAAAAUUGGCUACCCUGUGAUGAUCAAAGCCUCUGAAGGUGGUGGUGGAAAAGGAAUUAGAAAAGCUGAAAGAGCAGAGGAUUUUGCCAACCUUUUCAGACAAGUUCAGACUGAGAUUCCUGGGUCUCCCAUCUUUGUAAUGCAUUUUGCUCAAAAUGCCAGACACUUGGAAGUUCAGAUUCUUGCUGAUCAUUAUGGAAAUGCAAUCCCACUGUUUGGGCGUGAUUGUUCCAUACAGCGAAGGCACCAAAAGAUCAUAGAAGAGGCCCCAGCCACCAUAGCAUCCCCACCCGUGUUUGAGUAUAUGGAGCAGUGUGCUGUUCGACUUGCUAAAAUGGUGGGCUAUGUGAGUGCAGGCACAGUGGAGUACUUGUACAGCCAAGAUGGUAAUUUCCACUUCUUGGAACUGAACCCUCGCCUACAAGUGGAGCACCCGUGUACUGAGAUGAUAGCUGAUGUAAAUCUCCCAGCAGCUCAACUGCAGAUUGCUAUGGGAGUGUCCUUGCACAGAAUUAAAGACAUCAGGGUACUGUUUGGAGAGACUCCAUGGGGCGAUUCUCUGAUCGACUUUGAGAACCCGGCAAAUGCUCCGAGUCCUAGAGGACAUGUGAUUGCAGCCAGGAUCACCAGUGAGAACCCAGAAGAAGGGUUCAAGCCAAGUUCAGGGACAGUUCAAGAGUUGAACUUUCGUAGCAACAAGAAUGUAUGGGGUUAUUUCAGUGUGGCAGCUACUGGUGGUUUACAUGAAUUUGCAGAUUCUCAAUUUGGACAUUGCUUCUCUUGGGGCGAAAACCGUGAGGAAGCUAUCUCGAAUAUGGUGGUGGCUUUGAAGGAACUUUCUAUCCGUGGAGAUUUCCGAACAACAGUUGAAUACCUCAUUAAACUUUUGGAGACAGAAAGUUUUCAGAACAAUUCUAUUGACACUGGUUGGCUGGACCAUCUUAUUGCAGAAAAAGUUCAGGCUGAGAGACCAGAUACCCUUCUGGGUGUAGUAUGUGGUGCUUUGCAGAUUGCAGAUGUGGCCUUUAGAAGAAGUAUGACUGAUUUCUUGCAUUUACUGGAAAGAGGCCAAGUAUUACCAGCAGACAGCUUACCGAACACUGUAGAUGUGGAGCUUAUUUAUGAUGGUGUGAAGUACAUCUUAAAGGUAGCACGCCAGUCUUUGACUACAUAUGUGAUAAUUAUGAACAACACACACAUUGAAAUAGAUGCUCACAGAUUAAGUGACGGUGGACUUUUAUUGUCGUAUAAUGGUAACAGUUACACAUCAUACAUGAAAGAGGAGAUUGACCGGUAUCGGAUCACCAUUGGUGGUAAAACUUGCGUGUUUGAAAAGGAGAAGGACCCAAGCGUGCUGAGGUCACCUUCUGCUGGUAAACUGCUGCAGUACCUGGUAGAAGAUGGGGAGCAUGUUUUUGCUGGACAGUGCUUUGCAGAAAUGGAGGUAAUGAAGAUGGUUACAACAAUGGUUGCUCAAGAAUCAGGAUGCAUUCACUAUGUUAAAAGACCAGGGUCUCUGCUGGAUGCUGGCUGUUUGGUUGCUAGUCUUGAGCUAGAUGACCCCACAAAAGUCACUCCAGCUGAACUAUACACUGGAGGCCUGCCUGAACAGCAGUCUUUGUCCAUUAUUGGCGAGAAGUUGCAUCAAGUUUUUCAUAAUGUCCUGGUGAAUCUUGUGAACGUCAUGAGCGGUUAUUGUCUUCCUGAGCCCUUCUUCACUCAAAAGAUGAAGCAGUGGGUGGAAAAAGUGAUGAAGACCUUACGAGACCCUUCAUUGCCUCUUCUGGAACUACAAGAAAUCAUGACCAGUGUGUCUGGUCGAAUUCCUGCCACUGUGGAAAAAAAUAUUCGGAAAGUAAUGGCUCAGUAUGCAAGCAAUAUUACUUCUGUACUUUGUCAGUUUCCUAGUCAACAGAUAGCAAGUAUCCUUGAUGGACAUGCUGCAACUUUACAGAGGAAAGCUGACCGAGAGAUAUUUUUCAUGAACACACAAAGUAUUGUACAGCUUGUGCAGAGGUAUCGAAGUGGAAUUAGAGGAUAUAUGAAAUCUGUAAUCCUUGACCUCUUAAAAAGAUACCUGCAAGUAGAAACUCAGUUUCAGCAAGCUCAUUAUGACAAGUGUGUGAUACAGAUGAGAGAGCGGUAUAAACCAGAUAUGACUGAAGUUCUUGACUGCAUCUUCUCACAUGCACAAGUUGCAAAGAAAAACAUGCUGGUCGCCUUGUUAAUAGAUCAACUCUUUGGUCGUGAUCCAACCUUGACAGAUGAGCUUACAGCAAUUCUAACUGAAUUCACACAACUUAGCAAACCCGAAAAUGCAAAAGUAGCCCUAAGGGCAAGACAGGCUUUGAUUGCUUCACAUCUUCCUUCAUAUGAGCUAAGGCACAACCAAGUGGAGUCCAUUUUCUUGUCGGCCAUUGAUAUGUAUGGGCAUCAGUUCUGUCCAGAAAACCUUAAGAAACUGAUUUUGUCUGAAAACUCCAUUUUCGAUGUGCUACCCACCUUCUUCUAUCACAGCAACCAAGUUGUGCGCAUGGCAGCCCUAGAGGUGUAUGUAAGGAGAGCAUAUAUUGCGUAUGAACUAAAUAGCUUGCAACAUCAUCAGCUUCAGGAUGGAACAUGUAUCAUUAACUUCCAGUUUAUGCUACCCACAUCUCAUCCUAAUAGAAUUUCAGUUCCCAUAAGCAAUAAUGGACACUUUGAUAUGAACCGCCAUGGCAGUGACCUCUACAUGGACAGUAACUUCUCCCCACUGUGUCAGAGAAUGGGGUCUAUGGUUGCCUUUGAAAAAUUUGAGGAUUUUGUCAGGAACUUUGAUGAAGUGAUAACAUGUUUUGCUGAACCUGUGUUGGAUAGUCCACUCUUCACUGAAGCAAGGUCAACACUUUACAAUGAGGAGUACAAGAAUUCCAAAGAAGAUCCAAUACAUAUUUUGAAUGUUGCUAUUGAGGCCAGUGAACAGGUACAGGAUGAUGACCACCUGGUGCAAAUGCUAGGUACAUUUGCUCAGUCAAAGAAAGCCCUCCUGUUAGAGUAUGGAAUCCGACGGAUCACAUUCCUCAUAGCCCAAAUGAGAGAAUAUCCAAAAUUCUUCACCUUCAGAGCAAGAGAUGAGUUUGCAGAAGAUACAAUUUACCGAAAUUUGGAGCCAGCCCUUGCUUUUCAGCUGGAGUUGAAUCGGUUACGGAAUUUUGACCUACAGGCUGUUCCUUGCGAUAAUCAUAAGAUGCAGUUGUACUUGGGAGCUGCCAAAGUAGAGGAAGGGAAAUUGGUAACUGACUACAGGUUCUUUAUUCGUGCCAUAAUUAGACAUUCAGACCUCAUCACAAAGGAAGCCUCCUUUGAAUAUCUACAAAAUGAGGGAGAACGUUUGUUGCUAGAAGUUAUGGACGAACUAGAAGUGGCCUUUAACAACACUACAGUCCGUACAGACUGUAAUCACAUAUUUCUUAAUUUUGUUCCCACAGUAAUCAUGGAUCCAUCUAAGAUUGAGGAGUCUGUGCGUUCAAUGGUGAUGAGAUAUGGUAGCAGACUGUGGAAGCUGAGAGUUCUUCAAGCUGAGCUGAAGAUCAAUAUCCGCCUCACUCCCACUGGAACAGCAAUUCCAAUUCGUCUCUUCCUGAUUACAGAGUCUGGCUAUUACCUAGAUAUUAGCUUGUAUAAAGAAGUGACAGAUCCCAGUACAGGACAGACUAUGUUUCAGUCUUAUGGUGAUAAACAGGGGCCAUUACAUGGAAUGUUAGUUAAUUCUCCAUAUGUUACAAAAGAUCUGCUGCAGUCAAAGCGCUUUCAGGCACAGUCUCUGGGCACUACCUAUGUCUAUGAUUUUCCCGAAAUGUUCAAGCAGGCUUUGUUGAAGCUGUGGAAUGGGCAGGACGUUUCCCCCAUAGAUGUGUUCACAUGUACAGAACUUGUUUUGAACCAGCAAGGACAGCUGGUGCAAAUGAACAGAGUACCUGGAGGAAAUGAGGUUGGAAUAGUAGCUUUUCGAAUGAAACUGAAAACACCUGAAUAUGCAGAAGGCCGUGAUAUUAUUGUCAUUGCAAAUGACAUCACCUACAAGAUUGGGUCUUUUGCGCCACAGGAGGAUCUCCUUUUUCUGAGGGCGUCUGAGCUGGCAAGAGCAGAAGGAAUUCCCCGGAUUUACAUAGCAGCUAACAGCGGAGCAAGGAUUGGCUUGGCAGAAGAAGUCCAACAUAUGUUUCAGGUUGCUUGGGUAGAUCCAGAUGAUCCAUACAAGGGAUUUAAAUACUUAUAUCUGACACCUCAAGAUUAUACCAGGAUCAGUUCUCUGAACUCUGUUCACUGUGAACAUGUGGAAGAAAAUGGGGAGUCAAGAUAUGUGAUCACUGACAUCAUUGGUAAAGAAGAAGGUCUUGGAGUUGAAAAUUUACGAGGCUCUGGUACAAUAGCUGGAGAAUCAUCACUUGCUUAUAAUGGCAUUAUUACUAUCAGUCUGGUCACUUGCCGUGCUGUUGGAAUUGGGGCAUACCUUGUGAGGCUUGGGCAAAGAGUCAUUCAGGUGGAAAACUCUCACAUUAUUCUUACAGGAGCUGGUGCACUCAAUAAGGUCUUGGGUCGUGAUGUUUACACAUCCAAUAACCAAUUGGGAGGAGUACAGAUUAUGCACAAUAAUGGAGUUUCUCACACAACUGUUCCUGAUGAUUUUGAAGGAGUUUAUUGUAUCUUAAACUGGCUAUCUUACAUGCCAAAGGACAAUCAUAGUCCUGUGCCCAUCAUUAAAGCUGAAGACCCCAUUGAUAGAGAGAUUGAUUGUGUGCCUUCUAAGGCUCCUUAUGAUUGCAGAGCAAUGCUGUCUGGCAGACCUCAUCCUGGUAUAAAAGGAGCGUGGCAGAGUGGUUUCUUUGACCAUAACUCUUUCAUGGAAAUCAUGAGGCCAUGGGCACAAACUGUUGUGGUUGGUAGAGCAAGGUUAGGAGGGAUUCCACUUGGUGUUAUUGCAGUUGAGACUCGCACUGUAGAACUGACCAUACCCGCUGAUCCUGCCAAUCCGGAGUCAGAAUCAAAAAUAAUCCAGCAGGCUGGACAAGUAUGGUUCCCAGACUCUGCUUUUAAAACUGCUCAAGCUAUAAAGGACUUCAAUCGAGAAAAGCUUCCCCUGAUGGUGUUUGCCAACUGGAGAGGAUUUUCAGGGGGCAUGAAAGACAUGUAUGACCAGGUGCUUAAGUUUGGAGCAUACAUUGUAGAUGCGCUAAGGGAGUUUAAACAACCUGUUCUUGUAUAUAUACCACCACAUGCUGAGCUGAGAGGCGGUUCGUGGGUAGUGAUUGAUCCAACCAUCAAUCCUCUGUGUAUGGAGCUAUAUGCUGAUAAAGAAAGCAGGGGUGGUGUUUUGGAGGCUGAAGGUACAGUGGAGAUUAAGUUCAGGAAGAAGGAUCUUGUGAAAACCAUGAGGAGAAUAGAUGCAGAAUAUGCAGGCCUUGCAGAACAACUUGGUACACCAGAACUAUCAGAAGAAGAGCGCAAAAAAUUAUCAAACCAGUUGAAAGCUAGGGAAGAAUUUUUGCUGCCCAUCUACCACCAGGUGGCAGUGCAGUUUGCUGACCUUCAUGACACACCAGGAAGAAUGCAUGAAAAGGGAGUCAUUACAGAUAUCAUUGAAUGGAAGAAUGCUCGGACAUUUUUCUAUUGGCGCUUGCGUCGUCUUCUUUUGGAAGAAAUAGCCAAGCAGGAGAUCUUAAAAGCAAACAAAGAACUCAGUGAUGGACAUAUUCAGUCAAUGCUGCGUCGCUGGUUUGUGGAAUCUGAAGGAGCUGUAAAGGCAUAUCUUUGGGAAAGUAACCAAGAUGUAGUGGAGUGGCUUGAAAAAAAUUUGCAUGAAGAAGAUGGAAGAUGUUCCACCAUCCGUGAAAACAUCAAAUUCCUGAAGCGAGAUUUUGCACUGAAACACAUUCGAAGCCUGCUUCAGCUCAACCCUGAAGUUGCUAUGGAUAGCAUCAUAUACAUGACUCAACACAUCACUCCAGCACAGAGGGCAAAAAUUGCUCAUCUUCUAGCAACAAUGGAAAGCCCAGCCUCUACGUGAUCAGAAAAUACGUAGACUGUACUGAAUAUUCUUACUGUAGUAGUGAAAAAAGUAACCGGAACCAAGAUGAAAGAAUGGCUUCAGACCACCAAGGUGUGUGUGUGUGUGUUUGUGUGUGUGAUGUUGCAUAUCAUUGUUCCUUAAAUCAGGUCACAGCUGUUAGCAGGCAUUUUUGGUUCAUAAAGGGCAGAAACAUACACUAAUGAUAUAUAGAACAUUUCUGUAGCCCCUGUUAGAGCUGAGUAAUCAUUAAACAUAAAUAUUUUCUCUAAAAAAAAAUGUGAGGAUGUAACUAGGGAAUGGGGAAGGCAGAAAGAUUUGAUCUGCUUUAAUAUGUCAUGACUUUAGAUGUAAAAGCCUCCAGUAGUUGCAGGGCUAUAGCUAGGUCAGUUGAUACCCUGUGCUGUCCCCCAUAAACGAGUGUUGGAGAAAGGAAAAACCGUCUUUCAUAAAUUGUAUAAUUGUAUCAAAUAGUUUCUUAACUCAUUGCUUCAGUUGAUAGCACAUAAGUUUGUAGGCGAACACACACUCGCGGACACUAAAUCAAAUUUUGUAAGUAGCUCUGAUCAAAAUAGUAGCUGCUUAAAUGAAUGUUUUUACUCUAUGGUGCCAGUCACACCCUCUGACAGCUUGUACCCUCUUUGCCUUGUCUUAGCAAUGGGAGUGAGUAGUUGCUUAACGUUUUGGGUAAAUGCAUUUAUUUAUGUUAAAACUUUUGCUUCUGUCAGUACUAAAAUUUACUAUUGCAGUUUUUAUGCAGUGAGUUUCCCCUUCCUUCACUUACUUAAAUCUAUUUGCCGGGCCUCACACUCGCAUUUUGUUGUUUCUAUGAGAUUCCAAGCUGGCAAACACCAUUAUGAUUAGUAUGAAGUUUUUUUUGCCAUUUCGUUCACAGCUCCCCUCAGCCUUAUGAGCAGGCUUCAGUGAUGAUUAGUGCAACAUUUAUUUAUGUUACUGUGUGUUUUUGCCAGUUAUAUGUGCCAGUUUCUUAAAGUGAGCACAAGGCUUAUUUGUAGCCUUUUCUGCGGGCUGGUCACAUGUUGCUAAUGCUUCAGUAAGGACAGUCAUUGAUACUUUCAUUUUGUAAACUAUGCCUUCCCAGUUUGACCCUGUAUUGAUUUAUAAGUUUUUUUUCAAGGUAAUUUAAUAAUCAGCAGACACUCAUUUUGUACAUCUUGCAAAUAUUAGAAGGUGUACAUGGAAGCCUUUUCUUAAGCUGUUUCAAACAGGGAUUCCUUCUUUGUGUUAUCCCUUCACAUCACUGUAAGCACAUGCAGAAGGGAGAGGAACUUCCCUCUUUUCAUGUCUUUCCUUCAUUGUUUUAUAUCUUCUUACACGCAGGAAUUUACCUUGUGGCAUGUAUGUCAGGUUUUGAUGGAAAAAUGUGUAUAAUUUUCUCCCGGGAUAAAGACUAUGUUGUUAAGAGCUUUGGAGCUUGCACUCCAUUCAGCCUUACCAAAGCCAUAGCUCCCUAUUCUGACACUCAGUAUCACACACAAAGCACUAAAUCACUUCAACUUUGAUCGCAAGUAUACUAUCAGUAUUCAUUUCUGAAUAGUGGUAGUGUAUUACCAAUUAUUCGGCAUCUUCCUGUCAUGCCCCAUAACACCUAGGAUCCAGGGCAGCUGACCCCUUUUGCCCAUCCUAGCAAAAUCUGUCAACCUUUGUGUGUGUGUGUGUGUGUGUGUGUGUGUGUGUGUGUGUGUGUGUGUGUGUGUGUGUGUGUGUGUGUAGAAUCCCUUGGAAUCUUUCAGGAAGGAAAAGAGAACUUCUCCUCCUUGGCAUGUUUACUUCAUAGUCAUACCUUCUGCUCUUUCUGUUCCUCAGAAAGGUGCUGAUUUUGCGGACUGCCUGAGGAACACUAUGGAGUCAUUGUUGUCUUAGGUUACUGCCAUUCUUAAAAACGAAAACAAAUGCUGAAAUAUGUAAAUGCUUCCUGAAUGACUCCCUCAGGUUCUCCCUGCCAGUCACACUGAUGAGAAAGACUUUCCUUAUAAUCAUGGUGAGCAUUCAACAAAUUCUUCUCAGUUCUUUGUUGUAUGGUUCACAACAUUUGCUUUCAAGAAGGCUUCUACUUUCUGUCUAAUAACCCCUUUUUGGUACUUUAAUUAAAAGCAUCAUUUAACCAGUUUAAGUCACCAAAACAAACGUACCAACUUCCCGAAGUGGAAAUUUAUUGCAUCAUAACCACUCAGGUAUACAUUUUCCAGCAGUGCUCUAUUUGAAGGCAUUGAAUUACGUGGAAUUCUUCACUCUGUUCAGGCAAGCAUCUUGGUUAAAUUUGGCCACUGUUGCAGUAUUUUAGUGAUCUGAAGAAGAUGAUGGAGCUACUUAAAAUCACCAGUUUUGUGUGGAUGUUUAUAGCCAAUCUUUCCAGACCUCUUGUGGUGUAGCUAGGUGAAUGGUGAAGGUCAUCCAAAGUGUAACAUCUAUUGUUUCCAUAAGACUUUCAACAAGGGACAUUUUUUAUUUUAUUUAUUUUAGGGGGGGAAUCUUACCUUUUCAGGAAUUAAAGCUUUUCAGUGAAGCUUAAUGCCUGAACAAAAUGCCAUGUCUAUUUCUAAACUUUUAAAAACAAAAAGAGGCUUCAGUCCCAACCUGGGCAUCAGCUCUAUGUUGAUGGAGGUGUUUGAAGGCAAGUUUCCAUUCAGAAAGGGCCAGUAACAACAGACUGGUAGUAGACAUUUUCCUAGUAAUGGUACACGCAUUACCCAAGCUGCUGCUCUGCUGCUUUCCAAAACUUAGUUUGAUAGUCUGCUACACCACUUCUGUCCUUCCCUAGGAGGUGUAUAAGAUCUCCUUUCACAUAGGCCACUGGGGAACAAAUUACCUCUCUCUGGCUGGAUUGUUCAUUUUCUACAGUAGAGCAAUGCAGCUGUGCUGGUCUCUACAUUACAGAUACAACCAUACUGGAAAGAUCUUUCUUUUCUGCUUGAAAAGCUACAUCUAGUCAUUAAAAGGAAACUUCAGAAGAAUACCUAAAACUAAACGCCUGGGGAAAUGGUCUUGAUUUUCUUUGUGCCAACAACAGCAACAGAGCCUCAGUGGCCCAGCCUCAAGCUCAGACAUUUCAGUACCUUUGUACAUUUUUAAAAAGUUUAGAAUGUUAGUGUAGCAUUUCAUUCUACUUUUCGAUACAAGGGAUUAUUUAUAGCAUUAGACAAGCCACAGGUAUAUGUACAUUAUGAUUCACCAGAUAUCAUGAUUCUGUCACAUUCAUGUUGAUUACAGAAUGCCUGUUUUGGAGAUGCUGUUUGGCUUGUCCUGUAUACCUCACAACUUUAUGGAAUUUAAGCUUGUAGUUGCCCACAUUGAGUGUUUAGGGAUGUAUGCAUUCCUUUCAUUAGAUAUUGGGCUUACCUGUAGCUGCUUCCAAGUGUUAAGUCAAACAGGAUUUGAAAGCAGCAAAGCUUUCUAGAGCCUGGGAUCACAUUCCAUGUCUACAAGUUGCUUUUGAAUGCAUCUGAAACCUCACAUCCAUAGGUGUAAUACCCAAUUCUUCUCAAGAGUGAACCUUUUCUCUUUCCCAUAUGAAUUUAAUUUCAUGCUCGGAAGAAAAGAACAGUUCUUUCAGUCCACAGGCCAGAGAUUGCCUCAAAGUAUCAAUAUUCAUGGCCAUUGCAUUGUGUUUCUGCCCUGUGAAAACGUCAGACUUGUUGAACCAGCAUUUACAAGAACUGGCUUUGUCUGAAUGGAAUAGAAAUCUUGAAUAAUGUCCCCCUGACUGGUAGAUAAAGUCCUGCUUCUAGGAACCUACUUGCUCAAGCAAUUAUGACAUAUGCCUCCCUAGUGGUCUAGUUAGAAAAUGGAGAGACUGAAGUCACGCAAGUGCUGGUAUCAGGUGCAGUGCAUUAUAUCAGUGAGUUAGUGCUAAGAGGUCAGAUGGUCUUUGGGGAUACUUG